AUGGAUGAAACUGAUGAAACCCUGAGACGCCUUUCGGAUGCUGUGGUGAACCUGGACAGUGGAGUUCCAUUCCCGGUCAUCUCUGUCUGGCUGUGUCUUGCAUGGCCGCUUCCCACGCUCUUCUUCUGGCUGGCUGAAUACUUUGCCCGCCGCCGGAGAGUGACUGCAGAAGGUUCUGAAGGAACCGAUGGAAUGUUGAGCGAGCCGUUGCUAAGCCCAAUGCGGCCAACCACCAGGGAACUCAUCCAACCUGGAAGUUGUCGCGUCAUGUGUGCAUCAUUGGAGCAUUCCAUCCCCCACCUCAGGUGUAAGGCACAGGCAGGUGGUCUCGGGAAGGUUAUGGACCUGGUUGCCCGUCAUCACCCAACAGACAUCCUGAUGAUACAUCCGAAGGUGAAAGACUUGACGUACCGUCAUGACUUUGAGCUUCCACCCCUCAGAAUCACGGUGGAUGAUCACGAGCAGCUGGUGAGAGUUUUUUACUCCAAACCUGCGGAUUCCGAGAGUCUUGCCGCCAUCAAACGUGGAUUUCUGCUGCUGUCGCAUCCUUGGUUCGAGGAGAGGGACAAGAAAAGCAUUUAUCCCAACCCAAUGUCCAGGAGAAAAGUGCUUUGCUUUUAUUCCCUCUGGAAUCAAUGUGUUGGGAAGCUUCUGCACCGCUACAAGCCGCAUGUGUAUCACUGCCCAGAUUUUCACGCUUGUAUUGCGCCCUGGUAUGCUCUGCAAAAUCAAGACCCAGCGGAUCCAGCCCAGCUUCGCAUGUUGUUGGUCUUGCACAAUGCGGAGUACCAGGGCUCUGUUUCCACAGACAUGAUUCGAGAGCGGCAGUGUGAGAAGGUGGCGCGCAUCUUCAACAUGUCUGAAGAUUUUAUAUUUGCACAUCUUACCGCUGAGGGCCGAUUCAAUAUGUUAAAAGCUGGAGUCGACUUUUUAUUGGCCUAUCAGGAGGGCCAAGGAGCUUAUGCUGUGUCCCAAUUCUAUGCAGCUGAAUGCCAUGCCAGGUACAGCAUUUUUUGGCAACUGCCGAGCAUCGGGGGUAUUGACAAUCCUAUGCUGGAGGAUGAACGAGAGGCGGAUCUGUUGAAAGAUCUGAGUGUCCAGAAGGCGGAGGCCAAACGACAGGUGCAGAGUGAAUUUGGCUUAAAUGUGGAUCCCGAUGCUCGUCUCUUCGUCUCCUUGGGACGCCUGGUAAGACAGAAAGGAGUGGAUAUCCUCGCUGAUGUAGCCGAAUGGUUGCUGCGCACUUAUCCAGAUGCUCAACUUCUUGUGAUCGGACCGCCUGCAGACGGCUUUGGAUAUUAUGCUCAGAGAAGAUUGGAAGCACUGGCUGCCAUGGAUUGUUUUGAAGGUCGAUUAGUGGCCAAAUGUGAGUUCAUUCAGGCACCUCCAUCUUUGAAAUGGGGGGCAGACUUUUGUUUGAUGCCAUCACGCGAUGAGCCCUUUGGAUACGUCGAUAUCGAGUUUGCUUGGCGAGGAGCCAUCACCGUUGGAGCACAAUCAGGAGGUUUGGGCAAAGUUCCGGGCUUUUACUAUGUGCAGCAGAACCGCGAGAAUUUAAGUCGCCUACGACGAGAGCUUCGCACCGCCGUGCGCCGUGCUAUGCAAGCCAGUCAGAAGACACUUAGAGAUAUGUCUGCUAGAGCAAUGGAGAGCAGCUUCCCUUUGAUUGAGUGGCAGGAGAGCUUGAUGGAUGCCUACAAAGCCCUGCAGCCUGGCUGUGCUGAUCUCACCAGCUCCGGCACUUUGGAGUUGAGUCAUCUGAGUCAUCCGAGCCCAUCCCCCAGUCCGGGCAGCUUCAACUGGUUUCCGGAGGAGGCUCCAGCGGCUCCAGCUACGCAAGUGGAGGUCGUGGAAGCUGAGCUGACCGAUGCCCAGGAGUUUUUUUGGCAGGAACUUACUGAGGAGGAGCUGUCAGAAAGGGUCACGAAUCAAUUGGAUGAGAGUCAGACAGCCUCCAAUGCCCUUCCCAGCAUAGAGACAAUUCUUCAACGGAUUGGCACAGACGUCUCCAAAGAGCACGAAACGGGACGGGUGGCGAAGUGGCUCACUGAGCCUAUGUUUGGAACAGCUCGGGUGCAUUGGCUGGUGUCUUGUGCCUACAUCGCGUGCCCUUUGUCUUCCCUUUUGGUCUUGGUGGUUGCCACCGAAUGGGGAAUCCGUGGAUCCACCCGGCUGCCAGUAUGGUUUCCUGCUUGGUUCAAGGUGAUCUUCGGAGAUGGAGGACUAAAUCUGCCCAUGCUCAAUAUGUUGCUCUUCUCCAUCAACGCUCUGGCAGGUGCUGUGGGUGCUCCCAUCUGGGCGUGCUUGGCGCGAGUGGCGCAACCCCGUCAUCUGCUUGCAGCGGCCAUGCUCCUACAGGUUCCCUUCCUGACCACCAUGCUCUGCGUCCGCCAUCCUGACGUCUCCUUAGCCACGACGUUGGUUUUCUUGCAGGGCCUUGCCAGUUCAGGCUCCUUGAUGUUUGUCAGCUUCAACUUCAUGAUGAGUAUCAAGGCGGACGUGAGCCACGCGGCCUAUCGCAUGGGCAUCCUGGAGAUGACACGACAAGCGGUGACGUGGUUCAUCACGGCCUACAUCUUCCUUGCCUCUCCGUCCACAAAGGAGGGCACGGCCUCAGAACCACUUCCACCCACCGUAUACUGGCUGCUGCUUCCAACUGCUGCCGUGGUCGUCCUGGCUACGCUGAUCCCAGGCGUCUUGUUCUGGAUGGCACCGGGGCCCUACCGUGAAGAUGCCCUGCCCAGCUGGGAUAUGAAGAAUUUCUGGAAGAAGCGAAGCUUCGUGAUCCUGUCCAUCUCAGAUAUUCUGGGAAGUUUGGUGCUUUUCCCCAGCACUUGCUACAUCCAGUGGUGGCUGGCCAACGGCUGGCGUGGGCCCGAUCUCGCCAUUCUCAGCGUUGUCUUCGCCUUUGCUCUGGCAGGUGUGACCAUCCUGUGGGCCAAAGCCUUGGGCAGUGCUAUCAUCCACGGCUUCGCAUUGUUGAUCGGUGUCACGCUGCUGCUGCCCCCGGCCACCAUGCUGCGCGCCAUCGUGCAAGAAGAGGUCUCUACCUUCACCUUUCUGGGACGAUCCAACGUGGCAGUGAUCAUUUGCUGCCUCUCGCUGAUCUUCGAAGGAGUUCGAUGCUCUUCGGCUUGGGCUGUGAAGGUUCGCGUGCUGAAUUCCCGAUGGAGACUGUUGAGCUAUGGCAGCAUCUUCAUUUCCAUGCAAGGAGUUGCGAGUUUUGCCUCGCCGUUCCUUUGCGAAUACCUGGCACGGCGGAACAGCAGCACUUUUAUCUCGGCGAAUGAGAAAGAGCUGGCGGAUGCUGCAGUGGUAACCAUGGUCCCACUGUCUUUGUUGCAGUUUGCGAUGCAAAUCGUUGCGGCACCUUGGAUACGUCAGGAUUUGGGAGUCGCCUCUUCGAAUUCUUUGUAUCGUGACAGUUCCAUUGCGCUCCGCUUUCGCAGCUGGACCUUGAAGAAAUCUGCGUGGCGGAGGCUCCCGCCACAGAUGGCCAUCCUCUUCGGAUGCGUUUUAGGCGCUGUUGCACUUCUGGUUCAAUUUCGUUUGAUGGAAAGGCCCGUUCCCUUCACGCCGGUGCGACGCUGUCUCAAUGGAUUUCAGCCGUCAGCCUGUGAGCUCAUUGAAGAUGAGACAGAUCACAGACCGGCAGAUAGCUUCGCAUUUCGCGGGAAGGGAAGCUACGGGAUCAAUCGCUUCGGUCAGAGCACCACAGGGAAGUUCAACUGUCAGGUGCGGAUGACAAUGCUUGGGGGAGACACCUUUGUGUUUUGGUCCGAGGGUAGAUGCCAAGUUUGGCGAUGUCACCAUGGCAUCGAUGCCCCCGCCACGCCAAGCACAGACGGACAGGAAGUCUGGUCGCAGCACUGUAGCAUCUCAGGUCAGAACCAUAUCAUGGCGCAUCUCUUUGAAUGGCCCUGGCCAGAUAUCGCCAAUGAGUGUGAGACCUAUCUGGGUCCUGCUGGCUUCAGCGUGGUGCAGAUCUCACCUCCAAUGGAACAUAUCAUUGGAAGUUCCUGGUCGACGCGUUAUCAGCCCGUCUCCUUCAAGUUGGAUUCACGCUCGGGAACGCCCGAUGAGUUUGAAGACAUGGUGUCGAGGUGCACCAAAGCGGGUGUGUCAGUAAUGGUCGACACCGUUCUAAACCACAUGGCAUCUCCUGUGGUGCAGAUCCCACAAGAAGAUCGCGAUGCGGGCAAGCAUUGUGGGGGCAAAGAGGCGUCACCCAAGUUCUCGACCACUCCUUGUGAAGGUUGGUCAGGGACGCCCUAUGGUAACCGUGAAUUCCAUUCCGGCAUGCCGGGAUUGGACUAUUUCGAGCGCUCGCAGUUUCACCACUUUGAAGGCAACUUGGAGUCGAACUGCGGCAUUCCGCCGUGGACUAACAAUCGAUAUCUUUGCGAUCUCUACGGCUUGGUAGACCUGGACACAGAAAAUUUGCUGGUUCAAGAGCAGCUGAAGAAUUACAUCAAGGUCUUGUUUGAGCGAGGCGUGACCAUGUUGCGAUUAGAUGCUGCAAUGCAUGUCUAUCCUGAGAGCUUCUUGGCCAUCCUUGCUGCCUUUCCCUUCGACUAUGUCGUCCAGGAAUAUUAUCCUGACGACUUGAAGUUGAAAAGCACUUUGGAGAAGGCGAAAACGGUUGGGACCUUCACGAACUUUGACUUCGGACGUCAAGUGGGGCAGGUCCUUUUUGACAGUUGUCCGGAGGGAGCAUGGGUAAAUUCGACGUCGCGCUUUGGCGAUUUGCUGCACAUCGGAUACCCGACUGCUGAUUGUACGUAUGCCCUCUGCAACACCGCGUAUCCACCUGAACUUGCACUCCUGUUUAUCGACAAUCACGAUCAACAGAGGGAGCGAUGGAAACCUGUCUAUGGUGGACGACCCGCGAGUCCCGUGUGCCGUUGGGACGGAAAGGACAUUGGCAAUUGCCGCCCAAUCUACAAGCAUGGACUCUCGUACAACUUGGCCCAACUCUUCAUGCUGGCGUGGCCUUAUGGAGAUGCAGUGCGCCUCCUUUCGUCGUAUGCCUUCGAGUACUUUGACCAGGGCCCACCGGGAGUCCAAAACGAUUCCUGGCGAGAUCGCCCGUUGUCCCCGGCACAGCGUUGUCGAUCAACUCCCACAACCAGUCCUGUCACGGAAGAGUAUGACAAGGACCUGGAUCAUCCGUGGGUCUGCGAACAUCGUUGGCAGGGUGUCGCGGGCAUGGUGCGUUUCCGGCGCAUCAUGGGACAUGCAACGCCUGGCGAAGUGACGCGGUGGCACACUUGGUCUGACCGGUUGGGACAUGUGGCCUUUGGCUGGGACAAAGUCGCGUUUGUAGCUUUGAACCACGGCUUCAAUUGGGAGACGCAACAAGGGUCCAACAAGUCGUGGUCUCUGGUUGGGCUGGACUCCUAUCUGCCCCAAGGCAAGUACUGCAACUUGGCAGUGGCCUCCCACCCGGUGCCAGACCGAUGGGAUGGUUCCUGCUUUAGUGAGGACGGCUUUGUGGUGGUCGACAUCAAUGGGACCAUCAUUGAAGGGAAGGUGCCGUCAACUGGAGUGCUGGCAAUUCAUGUGAAUUUUGCAAAUUUGUCCAAUUCCACUGAUGAUAUUUUGCUUAUUUGACGCAUU